AUGGAGGAGGGGAAGGGACGGACGGGCAUGACGGGCAAGAUGCCACGGACACUACUGACUUUUUGCCACUUCCAACUUUCACGUGGGCUCUCGGUCCCCGUUUUCGUCUUGUGCCUACCUGAUGAGGUCAAUCUUCGCACGGUUAGAAGAACGGACGUCUGUCUUAUGUCCAGCCCGGCGCCUCAAUCUGGCAUCUUAAACUGCCAUCCCAGCAAGGCGGAAUGCCAGGUUCAGGUCGCUUCCCGAAAAGAUCAGAACACCAACCUGAAGCAAUGGGGCUCCGGGGUUCAUUCGUCUAUGAGGGAGACUCGAAGGGAGCAGAAGAAGAAGAAGAAGAAGAAAAGCAAAGGGGAUCUACGGAGUAUGUGUAUUCCGCGCAUCCUUGUCAGACGACCUCACUUGCGUACCCGGACACCUCUAGGGGCCCCAGGUGCUGGACCCCUGCAGGACAUCUCAAAUCCAAUCCAACCUAUCCAUCCAUUCACCCAUCCAGCCCAGUCCAACUGGACGAGCAGUCCAAUCCCAUUGCACAAUCCCGCCAUCCAACGCCCACGCCAGCACCAAGCAGCACCAAGCACCAAGCAGAAAAAGCACCGGGCAAGCAAAGGGAACGAACCAAGGGCAAUCGUCCACCUCAGUCUACUGUCUAAGACUGCCCAUCCAAUUCAAUUCCCACUUGACCCCCGACUUGCCGUUCCAUUCUUCUACUCCACCGUCCCCGGGCCUUUCUUCCUCUCUUGGGCCUACUUUCUUUCUCACUCGCCGUCUCGUGUCGUUUCGUCUCUGGCCACUGCAGCUCCCCACGUCCUUGGAGCCCAACUCGAUUCGACUUCAAGUAGAGCCAGCACCGCUGUUUGUGCCCUCUCGAUUUGCCCAAGACUUUUCAGUCUUCGCCCUCACUACUGCUCAGCCUAUGGCUACGAUUCAAGGCCAACUCAAACACCAUCGUGGCUCGAUACGACCGCCUUCAACCUCGUCGUACCGAUACCUAGAGACCCAAUUCGAAUCCCAGCACGGCGGCUGUACAUAGCCCGAACCUGCUGCACCAAUUUACCUUACUCCGUACACCACCUUACCUGCUUCGUACUCCGUACUGCGAACCCUGCAUUUAUACGAGUACCUGGUACUGUACACUGCAUCGCCUGUCCACCAUUCCUCCUGCUCCUUCAACCCUUCACAAUUCGGCUCCGUUUUCCCUACGAAAUCCACCAGAUCAGCGGAUCCUUCCCUACGGAUACCACUCCUCCCAGACUCUCUUACGUCGCACUCGCUCUCUUCUCGUCCACAACAUCCACGCUGUCCCACCAGACCACAACCCGCACUCGCACUGGGUCCGAUUCGACUCCCCCUGCUGCUCCGUACAACGACACACGCCACGGGGCGAACCGCACACACUGCCUGUCACGCGUUCGUUUGUCGAGCUGGCUGCUGGCGGAUCCUGCAAUUGCCAUUUGCAAACCUCGCCUUUCAAACGGACCCAUCCUGGCCCAACCUCGCUUUUGCAUCAACAAAGUCAAUUCAUGA